AUGCUGCGCGCACUCGGGAAAGCAUUCGGCAGCCAAACCUCGCUCUCCUCAACCAGCUCGGGUUCAAGCUCACAGCAGCAGCAGAAUUCGCAGCAGCGGAAGCCUCAUAUGGGUGGCGCUCAUCCGGCGACUCGCAAAUCCGGACCUGCAUCAUCAGCGGACGCAGAGCCUGAAGCUAGCGCAAAGGUCAGGACCGACAGCACGUCAUCCGCGUCUUCCUGCCCACCACCAUCCUCCUCGUCUUCUUCUUCAUCGCUAUUCUCCUCAUCCUCCACGUCGUCCUUGGGACGCAAGCCAAGCGGAAUCCUCCGCCGAACGAACAGCCAUCGUGUGCUUGACGUCAGUGCCCACAGGCGUGGAGCCAGGUUGCAUCACUCGGACAAGGAGAACGUGAACGUGCAUGCGCGGCCUCAAGCCGACAACAUGCAGGGCCGUGAUGCACCGGCAGUGACGGGAGUCUACCCACAUCGCCGGCUUCCUUCCCAUCCCAACCGCCGCGGUGUGUCUGGGUCUGCACAUGCACAUGCACAUGGAUACGAUCCCGCAUCCAACACUCCCGUCAGUCCCAUGCCGCCGCCGCGUAACCGCCCGCAUGCGCAGCAACAUAUUUACCAACAGCAGCAUCCGGUGCAGCAAAAGUACGAUCCGGUGAACUACCCCGUCCCACCUCCACCGCCGCAACUGCAAUACCAGCGUCGCCAUGUCAGUGAUUCGCAUCAUCCGCAGCAGCACCACUCUACGUGUCCGAGUCCUCAUCACCCGUACGCGUUUCCUAGUCAACAACAGACAUCAACACCCCAACAACCACCCCCGCAACCCCUACGUACCCUGCACAGCAACCCUUCCCUAGCCUCACUCGCGCCUUCCGAAUCAAUGUCCGUCGCGGGCACCGUUAAUGUACGACGCAGACCGAGUGAGACCCGGAUUGGGGAUUUUGAUUUCGAGGAUUUUGAGUGUGGGGAGGAAGGGUAUGAGGAUGAGGAGAGGAAGAAGAGCGGAUUUGGGGCAUUGAGGAGACGGGCGAGUAGUGUGCGGAUUAGUGUUAGGAGGAGGUUCUCGACCAAACGCUCAGCCUUCGACGCAGCGCUAACCCAUGGCAGCUCGACAGUCCACCUCCCAUCCGUCGUCAACGCCAACAAAGCAAACACCACCAGUCGCCGACGCGCAUCCAUGUCCGCGUCAACCUCUCGAAAGUACGCAACAUUCACCUACGGCUCCGCCCUCGCCGCCCGCAGCUGCGUCGAGCUCGGACGCGUUCGCGAGGAGGAAAGUGGGUCCGAUGCAUCGUCUUACCAACGUGGCCACCCGAAGGUGCUGAGACCCUGUGCGUCGACAACGAGUUUGCAUUCGUUAUCUCAUCCCGUCACGACGACCCCUGCUGUGACAGCCUCGCUGCCGCGCAGGUCACGGAGUUUAUCGUUAAGGGUGCGGCGGACGGUUUCUACACCCGCCCUAGCUUCCACCCCUGCCACCUCCCACACCAAGUCCAAAUCCAAACACAAUGAGAACAUACAACCAACGCCCCUUCAACUUCUCUGGCACGGCAUGCACCACCCGACCCCGACCUCCUCCGCGACCUCCUACACCCUGGGCACAGCCUUGCUGGCGCGGGACCAAGUCGCACUCGCCGUGCCGCACUUGCAUGCCGCGGCGGCGAAGGGGCAUGCAGAUGCGGCAUACACUUUGGCGGUUUUGUGGAUGCGUGGAUGGAGUGGCGAGGCGAAGGGGGAUGGAGGGGAAGUGGAACCGGACCAUGGCCGCGCGAUGCAGUACUACCUCUCUGCGGCUAGGUUGGGGCAUGCGGCGGCGAUGUGCAAUGUUGGGGUUAUGUAUGCGGCGGGGAUGGGUGUUGCGUCGGGGGACGCGGACGGGGUGCCAUCGGACAACGAUGAGGAGGUGUAUGAGGAUGAGCAGGAGGAGGAGGAGGAUUCCCACGGCGGCCCAUCGAUGAGCCGCGGACGACAGCAGCAGCGAGGCCACGGCCGAGGCAGGGGCCGCCGCACAUCCUCCACUUCCGCAUCCGGCUCGUCCUCCUCUUCCCAAAGCGAAGGCGGCAACAUCAGCCCCCCACCCAAACCCCGCCAACCCAACCACAUCCUUGCCCUGAGCUACCUCCGGCAAUCCGCGUUAGCAGGCUACCCAAAAGGCAUGUACAACCUCGCGGCGAUGCUCUACGGCAACGGGGACUUCAUCGGGGCGGCGGCAUGGUUUGAGCGCGCGGCGAGGGCGGGGUGUGGUGGGGACGCUGAGGACUGGGUGAGACGGUUGAGGGGUGGGAUGAGGGUUGGGAGGCCGUUGCCGGCGGUUCCUGGGGGUGUUGUUGCGGGACGGUGAACAUGGUGUGGAUGUAAAUUUGAAAUGAGACAUGUAGGUAUCUUUCAUGUAAAGUAAACGAGACUUUUGGGGAGUACAGUAUGUAUAUUUGUGCAGUAGUCGAUCAAUGAACCAAAAAUGCCAAAAGAAGCAGUGAAGAAUAUGGGAUCAAUUAGGUUUUUGCCACUUUCUGGUGGAAGGUGCUGCCGGGAUUGCAUCAGCGGUUGGGACGCCAUAUUUCAAUGAUCUUCUUUCGACAUACGCUUGACCCUGGAAAAAUGAAAGAUGGUGGCCGUCCGACAUAUCCGCCUGAGCAACAGGUAUCGGAAUGACAAGCUUACUUGGCGAGCGGAUAGUCCUGUCGGUCCGCAUG